GUGGCUGUCCACGUCAGAAAUUAGACGGUUAUGGUGGAUAGGGUUGAAAAAUGUCGUCGCUGACAUGCUUUGCAAGAAAAUGAAAGAUAAAGGGAAUUAAUUUCAGCGAGAGAGAAAUGAUCGUUUCCGCCGGGAAGAUUUCAUUUUUGCUUUUUGCAUCUAAAAAGCCUUGUGGUGUAAUCAUGUGGCUCUUUGAACCUCCAAGGAACACGCUUAAUUUUAAUCAAGCACUAGCAUUCAUGUGUAAGGUCAAAAGUAGCUUCACAGUGAAGAUCCCUAAAAAAAUUCUCUAAAUUUAAAUGAGAAUGGGAACCAAAUGACUUGACUUGUAUAGCUUUUCAUUCAGUAGCAAGAACAAUACGGAACACGCAUUAAAUCGAUAUCGUAUCAAAUUUUUGGGCUUCAUGAUUUGGCUGAUUUCUUAACCAGGGCAUGAAAUUUGGCUUGAGUUUGUUUGGUGUGUCGCGUACUUUUCAGCAAUAAAUGAAGGUACAAAAUUUCUACUAUAGUUGUAAGACUAACUUCCAAACAAUUCUUGGAUUCCUUCUGUCCCUUAAAGAAUGUUUUUUCCCCACCAUCAUGCAAUGAAGUGGGUUGCUUUGAGUGGUAGCAGGUAAUCCUUGCCUCCUUGUAUUUGAAACCAGCAGACAAACGGGACGUGCAUGAUUAUGAUCAUAUCAUGAUAAUACUUUCGAAAUUGUCUUAAAUGACGUAAUUACCCUUUCGGAGUGCUAGCCGUUACUCUGUCCCGAGAUUGCCACAGGACCAAACACCCACUCAUCAUUUUAAAUUCGGAGAAGGUUAUAUCUGUAAUUAGAAUUGCUUCUUCCUCUCUUAACUGAAUUGUUAUAGUUCUCUCCCUCCACUGUGAAUCAAAAUUGAAAUACCAUCUAAAAAGGGCAUACACUGGACUAUUCCCUGCAUCUCUAGUCUAGGGCUAGGUUUCGAUUCUUUCAUGGCUUCUUCUUCCUCUGACCCUAGCAAGUCUGAAGUCGGCUGCGGCGGCGGUAAUGCAGAGGUUUCGGAUGCAGCGGUGGCAAAUGAUAAGCUCUUACUCUAUAGGGGAUUGAAGAAAGCGAAGAAAGAAAGAGGGUGUACAGCUAAAGAGCGCAUCAGCAAGAUGCCUCCUUGCGCUGCGGGGAAACGCAGCUCCAUAUAUCGUGGUGUCACCAGGCAUAGGUGGACUGGUCGUUAUGAGGCCCAUCUUUGGGAUAAAAGUACAUGGAACCAGAAUCAGAAUAAAAAGGGAAAACAAGUCUACUUGGGUGCAUAUGAUGACGAGGAGGCUGCAGCUAGAGCUUAUGACCUCGCUGCUCUGAAAUACUGGGGUCCAGGGACUCUAAUCAACUUUCCAGUGACUGAUUAUGCAAGGGAUCUUGAAGAAAUGCAAAGUGUUUCAAGAGAGGAAUACCUUGCAUCUUUACGGCGGAAGAGCAGUGGUUUUUCUAGAGGAAUCUCUAAAUAUCGUGGACUCUCCAGCCGAUGGGAGCCAUCGUAUGGUCGGAUGGCUGGGUCUGAUUACUUCAACAGUAUGUAUUGUGCUACAGGUGAUGAUUCAGCAGCAGAAAGCGAAUAUGUUAGUAGUUUCUGCAUAGAUCGAAAGAUUGAUUUAACAAAUUACAUCAGGUGGUGGGGAUCCAAUAAAAGCCGCCAACCUGAUGCUGGAACAAAAUCAUCAGAAGAAAAAAAGCAAGGAUUUGCUGGAGAUGUUUGUGGUGAGCUUAAAACGCUGGAACAGGAAAUCCAACCCACUGAGCCAUACCAAAUGCCACAGUUAGGCUUGCCCCAUGAUAGGAAAAGGCACAAAAGUUCUGCAGUCUCUGCCUUAAGUAUUUUAUCACGGUCAGCAGCCUACAAGAGCCAGCAAGAGAAGGCGUUAAAGAGACAAGAAAAUUACACAGAUAAUGAUGAGGAUGAGAACAAAAAUACUAUCAACAAGCUGGAUCAUGGCAAGGCACUUGAGAAAUCACCAAAUCAUAACGGUGGGGAUGAAAGACUUGACAUUGCAAUAGGAGUGAGUGGAGCAUUGUCUAUUCAAAGAAAUGUGUACCCAUUGACUUCGUUCUUGUCUGCACCACUUUUGACAGCCUAUAAUACUGCCGAUCCCUUGGUAGAUCCUGUUCUAUGGACAUCUCUUGUUCCUAUACUUCCUGGUGGUCUUUCUCAGACAGCCGAGGUUACCAAGACUGAGAGCAGUUCAACUUACACCAUGUUUCCGCCAGAGGAAUGAUUCGACAUCCCGUUCGGAUUCCUAACUUGACGAAGGACAAGGUGCCUUUAAUAGGAGUGGGUCCAUAUGUUCGUCUCUUGGUGUUGUUGAACAGCAGCAGCCUAAGCUUCUGAAGACCUCAACUAGUCCGAGAAUGCCCCGAGGUUCAAUUUUUGCAGGCAUCGUAUGGUCCUCUGAGAGUAUAGAAAGGAAAAUAUUGUGUCGUGCAUUAGCUUAAAUCUUUUCAAGCUAUCCAGAUGUAUUAAUUGAUAUUCAAGUUUGGCCAAAAAAAAAAAUUGAUAUCUCAGUCACAUACAUAGAAAAUAACGGAGUUACACAUAUAGGGAAUCUCUCUCUCUGUUUUUUUUUUUUGGGAUGGGGUGAUUUUUUUUAUUAUUGCAUGUACAGAAUUGGAAUAAAAGGCUUGUUGUUGUUGUUGAACAGAAUUGAAAUAGAAAUCACUAACGGGGUAAUGGUUAUUUGUUAACUAUUAUCAUUAUUAUUAUUUUUAUAUGAAAAAAAACGAGUUUACCAGAUUCUACUGCUUGCUUCAAUUUAUUGUCAAUGGCCUUGCAGCCUGUGUAAGUUUUCUUUGAAUUUACAUUUCUAUAUGAAGCAUGGUGUUCGUCAUUUGCCGUGUAUUUUCAUUCAUACUAUAAAUGGAUUGAUUCCAAAAGCUGA